AUGAAGCUUCAUCUCUUUUUUUUAAUUCUGCUCUUUUGGGUCACAAUUUUAACAGCCAGAAAGCAUUAUCCUGAGUAUGGUAGCUUGGAUUUGAGGAAAGAGUGCAAAAUGCGUAGAGGUACCUGUAGAAAUCAGUGCUUUGAAAGUGAAAUUAGGAUUGCUUUCUGCAUAAGACCUGGACCUCACUGCUGCAUCUAG